AUGAUGGAGGCUGUCGUCACAAGGCUGCAAAGCCGCGUCGAGCUGUUGCAGGAUCAUUUGAAGGAGCAGGAGCGGAAGAGCCGCGUCGCCAAGGGAAACAGCGAGGCCGUUCUGGAGCUGCAGCAGCAGCUGGCAGAGGAGCUUUCGAAGCGGAAGCAAGCACAGUAUGAGCUCAUCGCGAAGGCAAAGGAGCUAUGCGACGUUCAGCAGAAGAUGGCAGGCGCUGGCGACACAAAGGAUUCCUCCCACGAGGCCAAGAAGGAGCUUCGGGGACUCUCGGCAGGCGCAGUCGGCGCCGUGUCGUGGUCGCCGAGCUCACAGCCCAAGCUCGCGGACACAGACUCGCGGCUCUCGCCCGGCGCCAGCCGUGGCGCCAGCCGUGGCGCCAGCCUUGCAAGCCCGGCUGCAUCGCCAGUAUCCGCCGCGCCCUCCCUGAUGCUGCCACUCUCUGGGCUCUCGGCGAAAUCGUUCCACCAAUGCCCUACCAGCAAUACACCACAGACGCCGCCUACGUCGCGGAGCUCCGGAAGGACUUCGCCAGCCCUCCGGCUUCCUGCAGGUGAGGCGAUGGCCGAUCGAGUGCAGAACCAGAGGAGAAGUCCCGUGGUUCCUCCUGUGCGGAUCAGCAAUGAGUCUGCGUUGGUCCGACCUCCGGCAGAUGAAGAGGGGGCGCACAUCUUCAACCCCGCAAGGUAUGUUCGGUCGGCCUACGACAGGCUGGAACCUCCGAAACCGAUACAUCUUCAACACCCUCAAGAUGCUGCUUUCGGGGUUCAUGCUCCUCAGUCAGGCCACGUCACUCCGGUGUCGCCGAUGUUCCACAGCAUGCCAUGGACUGGUAACCUGGACUACCCGCGGAUUCUGACGGCCGCGCGCUCCAAUCAGGAAGUGAGGUGCAACUUCGUUUUUGGCAAGUUGCCAGAGAGGGAUCGAGAAAGGAGCUCCAAGGCUUUUGCCGAAGCCGCCGCCGCCGGCACCACCACUGCCGGCGCCGCUGCCGGGCCUGGAGCUUUCAACGUGACUCCCUGGGCUGGGAUCACUGCGAUCUCAGCAGGCGCCUUGGCCUUCUCCGUGCUGAGAAGAGACCGCGACUGGCGCCGUUCCCUCGCCUCCUCGAGCUCUGCCCGCAAGACCGCGGAGGCGAACGAAGGCCUCCAGGGCGACGGUCUCGAUCUGCGAUUCCAGAAGACCCGCCUCGUCACCUUUGCUGGCAUGGUAUUAGGCUAUGCUGUCUACUACUUCACUCGCUUGUCUUUCACAUAUGUGGGUCUUGCAAUGCGGAAGGACCUUGGCCUUAGCAUGGUGCAGUUGGGCACGAUCAGCUCUUUGUUCCCACUGGCAUAUAUGAACUCCAAGUUUCUGUCCGGGGUUCUGUCUGACUUGCUGGGAUCUCCGGUGCUGAUUUUUUCUCUCGGGCUUAUGCUCACUGGAGUUCUUAACAUGGCCUUUGCCGCCGUCAGCACGGUUCCCCUCUUCACUGCGAUCUGGGUUCUGAAUGGUCUUUUCCAGGGCUGUGGAGCGACCCCGUGCAACAAGAUGCUGGUGAACUGGUUUCCAGCCAGAAGUCGCGGGAAGUGGUGGAGUAGUUGGAAUGCGUCUCACAACAUCGGUGGCUUCUUGAUUCCACUCCUGGCAGGAGGUUUGGCUGCGAGGUUCGGGUGGCGCUACGGGAUGCUUGGCCCGGGAGCCAUCGCCGUCUUCGCUGGACUCCUCGCCCUUCUCACGAUGAAGGACUCGCCAGAGAAAGCAGGCUUGCCUUCUGCUGAGGACUGGGCUGCCCCAAGAUUCGCGUCCGCGUCCGCGGACGAGGCGCCUAGUUCAAGCGCUGAGCCUGCAGUGGAGGACUCGAGCGAGAAGGUCUGGGCUUCGCUUCUUCAAAACAGAUUUCUGUGGUGCAUGGCAGCCAUGCACUUCUUCAUCUACUUCAUCCGGCAAGGUGUGCUUAAUUGGGCACAUUUCUACAUCAUGGAUGAGUUUGGUGUUCCAGCCCUGGAGGCAACGGCGCGAGUCAGCGGCUUCGAACUCGGAGGCCUGCUCGGCUGCAUCGUCUCCGGCCAGGUGUCCGAUUGGCUGAUCAGCCGCUACCCGAAGCGAGGAGCCGCGGGCUUGCGAGCCCAGGUGAUGAUUGCAUACUCCCUUCUCGCAGCCGCUGCGGUCUUUUGUCUGUGGGUGGUGCCGCCUCUUGCAGUUUUCCAAUGGCUUGCGAUGGCGGCCUUCGGCUUCGCCAUCUAUGGGCCCCAGACCCUCAUCACCAUGACUGGAGUAGAGACGGUGCCGCGCAAGGCUGCUGCAACUGCUGGAGGUCUGUUAGCCUAUCCGGCGCAGCUGGGCUCGAUGUGUGCAGGACUGCCGUUUGCGCUCUUGGUGCAGGAAUACGGAUGGGGUGGCUUCUUUCCGAGUCUCAUCAUCCUCAGCAUGGUGUCCGCGGUGGUGAUCAUCCCCGGCUGGAACACGCCCUCGUACCGCCAGGCACAUCUCGCGGCAUGA